CAUAUCAUAUCUCGUAGCCCAUUACAAUAUUUAAGCGCAUUAAGUCCCGAUCCCUGCUGAUAACUGAUGAAUCACAUUUAGAAUUUAAUGUACCUACAGCAAAAUGGUUACCUGCAUAUUCUAUAAUUAUCAUGAAAAAAUUUUUAAUUUAAUUUUAUGUUUACUAAUUUAAUAUAUUUAAUUUUGGAAACAUAAUAACAGCCACUUUAAGUCUUGUUGGGUUUAAAUAUAAAUUACCACUUAUAAAUUACAUUGUCGCAAAGCAAAUUCAUUAUAAUCCUGAAAUGUUAGCUGCUAGUGAGGAUAGAUUUUUAACAUUUGAAGUACGAUUAAAUCGUAAAUUAAACAAAGAAAAUAUAAACAAGCUAGAACAGGACUAUGGCCAAUCACUACUCUCAGAUAAAAGAAAAGACGAUAUAAAUGUUGUAACGGUACAUACUAUGGCACCAUAUAAAAGGCUCGUAACAGCCAACAAAUACCACCCACCAAUCACAGGGCAGUAUACAACAAAUACCACCCACCAAUCACAGGGCAGUAUACAAGAAAAACCGCAACCAUCGGACAGGGGAAGUGUUUCCAAGCACUUCCCCACACAAGAGGGUCCGCAAAGGCACAUCAAUGGAUAGGGGAAGGUAAGACGAAGACGUCAACACCUUCCCCAUAAUUAUACGA